AUGAAAAAAAUGUUAUACAUUGUAGUAAUAUUUCAACUUUCUAUUUAUUUCCAGCAAGAAGAUGAUGAGACUAGAACUAGUGAGGUAAAGCAAUAUCUUGCAUACAAUAUACAAAGGUUGAAAAAUUCAAAUCAUUUUCAAUCACAGGCUUAAAAUCAAUCAUUUUGGAAUUGGUGCAGAAAAAUGCUCCUUCUUAAGGAUAAACUAGCAGCUGGGACUGACAAAGCUACAAUAGUGCCUGUGUGAGUCCCAGAUGCAGGGUUUUGAACCCAGCACUUUUCUUUUGUAAGAAAUUAACCUGACAAUAUUAACAUUGUUUGAUCCCCUUAGCCUGUCCCAGACAUUCAGGUAGUGGGAAGGGUGGGCAAAGUUGGGCAUGGACUAAACAUUGAUGAGGGAAAAAAAAUCCCAGUCUCUCCUCCUUUUUGUUUCCCCUCAUGUUUCUUUUGCACUUGUUGCUUACAAUCUAACUUGUUCCCCACUAUCUAAACGUCUGGAACAGGUUAGAUCAUAUAAAUAACAUGAGAUUCUUUCUUUCGUUUUUUUUUAAGAUGGAAGAUUAAGAUAUGAGUAAAGAGGUAAGUAUAAUAUUUGUAGAUUCCUUUUUAAAACUAGGAACUCAAUUUUUCAUUUAAGAAUCUAGAAUGGGCAUGGAAAGCUGUAUUUCAAAUAAAAGUGCGGACUAAUAAUAAUUUUUAGAAUAAUUAGCUAGGUAUUUUUAUUUCAGUGAGCUUGCCUGUAGAACUAUCUGCUCUCUUUAAAAAAAUGUUCUGUGAGUAGGAACUCUCUCAAAACCGCAAGAAUAUUAGAAUAUUAUACUCUUUUUUUUUUUCCUUUGCAGCGGGCUAUAAGAGAGGCAAGGCGCAAUAGAGUGUUGAACGAAGACAAAGCUGGUUGGCAUGUAAUUGUCAAAUUUGCAAAUGGUGAGCGCAUUAGCCGCUACAUUAGGAAGGAAUCAUGUUACCAGGUACAAGCUCUUGCUAAUUUGAAGUGUACAUAUGUAUCUCUGGGAAUAUUCAAACUUUUAAAAUAUAGAAAAUACAGGUACUGUUACAUGUUACUCUGCCUCCUGACAAAUCAAUCGGCCAUGUAUGUUGUAUGACCGUCAUUUCAACUUAAAAGAGAUGGAUUCUUUUAAUGGCCUUAAAAAAAACCUUCUAUUGAGAUAAAUUACUAAAAUACUUUUUUGCUUUUUUUUUUUAUAGGCAGUCUAUGACUGGGUUGGCUACCAGGAUGGCCGGCCCCUCUUUUUUACCCUGCAUGGAGGGGGAGGGGUGAAGAAGCUAGAGGAUCCUGUUGAAGGACACUGUUUACUCCACGUACAGGAGCGAGUGAGUAUAUUAAUAUUAAACAAUGAAUCGAGGCAAUCAUGA